AUGCUUGUGGGAUUAUACUCGCAAAUACGAAUGGGUCGGAACGAACUGAAACCUGGUGCACCUGGUGCAAUUGCGUAUGCUACAGUGUUCGUGGCGGGCGCGAUGAAACAAGCGGUUGCGAUCGAGGUGGAAACAUUGCUAAUGUUGGCAAAAAGAGGAUGUCGCGGUGAUAUGAAGUUUCCCAGAUCUUCGCCAGUCGUUUACAUAGGUGUUGGCGUGGUUAUCGGCCUUUGCCUCUCCCUUUUUUCACAUCCGGUUGGUAUCGGAUUCAAGUACGGAGAUCGCCUCUCCAUAAGUCCUUUACGGCAACAUCGGCAUGGUGGCCACCGCGACGCUCAUGAGGAGGGAGAGUUGUAUGACGAUGAUGCUCCAAAAGAAGCAGUUCAUUUUCAUGCAAAUGGUUCCGAUCACGACCAUCAUAUGGGAGAACGAGUUGUUGCCGAUAUAAUCGCUGCCAAGGUUCGAGUGUUUUGCUGGAUUCUCACCGGUAAACAGAACCAUCAGAAAAGAGCUGUUCAUGUGAAAGCAACAUGGGCAAAACGUUGUAACAAAUUCGUGUUCAUGUCCUCGGAGACGGAUACUGAUCUACCAGCUAUUAACUUGAACAUUUCUGAAGGUCGCGAUUAUUUAUGGGCAAAAACUAAAGCGGCAUUCAAGUAUUUACAUGAUCACUACUUGAAUGAAUUCGAUUGGUUCUUGAAAGCUGAUGAUGAUACUUAUGUAGUUCUUGAAAAUUUGAGAUACAUGCUUCUUGCCCACUCUCCGGAGCAGCCGGUACACUUUGGAUGCAAAUUUAAGCCUUUCACGAAAAAGGGUUAUCACAGCGGUGGAGCCGGAUACGUGCUUAGCCGUGCAGCUUUGAGGAAGUUUGUUAACGAAGGACUAACUGAUCCCAAAAAAUGUUCUCCCAAUCAUGGUGGUGCAGAAGAUGCUGAAAUGGGGAAGUGUUUGGAAAAGAUAGGUGUUGUAGCGGGCGAUUCGCGUGAUGGUGAACAACAUCACAGAUUUAUGCCCUUCGUCCCAGAACAUCACUUAGUGCCUGGUCAUGUGGAUAAGUCAUUCUGGUUCUGGCAAUACAUCUAUUACCCUAUGGAUCAGGGGCCAGGUUGCUGUUCUGACUAUGCGAUUUCGUUCCACUACGUCAAUGCAAAUUUAAUGUAUGUAUUGGAAUAUCUGAUCUACCAUUUGAAACCCUUCGGAGUUGACCGUUCACUCAGGGUCGGUACAAAUGAGACUAUACUACAAGCCGCGUACUCGUCGGCACGUCUAGCGAUGGGACCAGACGACGUGUUCAGGAACGUAACGCUAGAAAUCUGA